AUGUAUCUCCCGGCCAUUUUAUUAAUAGUCGCCGCUACUCUUGCAGAUUCCCAAAGAGUCAUCAUCCCCAACGGAGUGAUACAAGGAAGAGUAGAAUAUUCUUUGAGAGGAUACUCGUUCAAUUCCUUCCAACAAAUCCCCUACGCUCAACCGCCGAUCGGACCCCUAAGAUUCCAGCCUCCUUUACCCGCCAAAAAAUGGAAGGGAAUCUUAAACGCCACCGUAAACGAUAAAGUUUGCUAUCAAAUGAACAAUUUGCUUCAAUUACCUCCGAACAAUCCAUUCGAAAGCGAAGAUUGCUUGUAUUUAAACGUUUACACGCCUGCGGGUACUAAAUUAGGGGAUAAAUUACCGGUAAUGGUUUAUAUCCACGGUGGAGGGUUCGAAGUGGGCACUGGAAACUUCAUCUACCUAGGACCUCAUUACUGGAUGGAGCACGGCGUGGUUGUAAUCACGUUGAAUUACAGACUGGGACCGUUCGGGUUCCUAUCUACCGGCGAUACCGUUUUGCCCGGUAAUUACGGCCUCAAAGAUCAGCUGAUGGCUUUGAAAUGGGUCCGGACGAACGUCGCCUACUUCGGUGGAGAUCCCGAUAAAGUGACGAUUUUCGGGCAAAGCGCCGGCGCCUCCAGCGUCGCGUAUCUACUGAUGACCGAAAAAUCGAAAGGUUUAUUCAGAGCCGCGAUAGCCCAAAGCGGCACCAUUCUCAGUCCGUGGGCCUACCAAAGACACCACACCGAAUACGCCUACGAGCUGGGAUCGUUCUUGGAUCCCGCAUUCACCACGGAGAACACCACGCAGGAAUUAAUGGAGUAUCUGCAAUCCGUUCCGCCCAAAGAAUUGAACGAAGCGGCUAUCGAACGUUUUCCCGAACACUGGGAAGUCGAUCCGAAGUUGCAAACGCCCUUUGCGCCUUCUAUCGAACCCGAUCACCCGGGCGCUUUCAUCACGGGAAGAAUGUACGAGGCGAUCGCGGGCGGGAAAAUGCAAAGGAGGCCUCUUAUGAUGGGCACGUGCAGCGAAGACUACAUGUACGCGGUCGCUUUAGAUGUGAAUAGGUUCCUGAAUGAAGGUACUAAAACCUUCGAUGAUAACCUCCUACUUUUGUACAACGAAAAUAUGCACCUGACCGAUGAAAAAAAGCAGUUGGCUGCUGCGAGGGCUAUUAAGAGGAUAUACACUAACGAAUCGUUUUACGAGCAUCCGGGAAAAUUGAUUCAAUUUCGCAGUGAUGAAGGCUUCGGAUUGCCGGGGUGGAAACACGCGAAAAUGCAGUCGGAGUUCAGCGAUGUUUUUUAUUAUCAAUUUUCUUAUAUGGGAAGUAUACCGCCUCCUAGACCGAAUAUACCAGAGUCGAAUCGAGUAGGUCAUGGUGACGAAAACUACUACAUGUGGGUAUUUAAUAACAACUCUAAUUUAAACGAUUACCCUCAAAGUGAUAUAAUCACGAGUGAACGAUUGAGAACGUUAUUCACCAAUUUCGCCAAAUAUCUGGACCCGACGUUCGAUCGUAAAGAUGUAUUAGGUGUGAAUUCGUGGGAAAAAGUGGAACCCUGUACGUUUAAUUAUUUAAACAUUAAUGAAACUUUGAAGGUUCAAACGAACCUAAAGCAAGAUAUUUUCGAAGAUUGGGAAAAGGUUUAUGAUAAAUUUGCCGUGGAGCCGCUCGAUACGUAUUAAUUGAACAAUAUUUGGCGAUUAUUAAUAAAAUUAUUUAAAAUCUGUCAGUAAUAUUUCUCGUUUGUCC